UUUGAUAGUUUUCUAUUUUCCAUUAUUUCUCGUGUUUUUAUAUUUUGACAGAAUGUCUACGGAGAAAGAAACGCUUCAAACACGUCAAAAGAACCCUGCAGUCCCUGGGACAAACCAACAAGGGACGCAACCUUUACCAGGCUACCAACAGCCCCAUAGCUCCUAUCAACAAACCCAGCCACAGUACACAAACUCUCAACUUCCAACGUACACACAGCCACCAAGCCCGUCAGUGACGUCACAAUCACAGCUGCCUCCAAUAAUAUAUGUUGGGUACAACACCAACCAUCCCGUAACAUUUAUACCGGCCCCAGUCCCAAAGCGAUCGUUAUUUGAGGCGUACCUUCUGACACUUCUUCUAGGGUUCACUGGAGCCCAGCAUUUCUACCUGAGGCGUCCUGAAUGGGGUGUCGUGUACUUGUUCACGCUUGGAUUCCUGGGAUGUGGGUGGGUGAUUGACCUUUUCAGGCUCCCUUUGUUGGUGUCUCGCUGUAACAAACAAGCGUCACAUCCGGAGACGACCGAGAAGAACAAGAAAAACCUGGACGACGCUUAUGUAUUAUGGCUUCCGGCAGGUUUUAUGGGACUUCAUCACUUUUAUUUGAACAACAUCGGACUAGGCGUUGUUUACGUCUUCACAUUCGGACUUUUCGGCGUCGGUUGGGUUGCUGAUGCUUUCUUAAUGCCGUAUCACGUUAAAAAAACAAACUCCGACAUCCCAGAAGAUUCCAAAGAGAAAAGCGCAGCCACCACAUGCAUAUUAGCCAUUUCCCCUGCAGGGAUCCUCGGUGCUCACCAUUAUUACCUCAAUAGAAUUUGUUUUGGAAUCGCCUACACGCUUACUUUCGGACUUCUCGGUGUUGGAUACAUCGUCGAUUGGUGCCGUUUCCCAGUAUUAGUUCAAAGAUACAACAAGAGUAAAAGAAAGCGUUUUAUUUCCCACAAACAUUUAGACGACGCUUAUCUUCUAUGGUUUCCUCUCGGAUUUCUCGGACUUCAUCAUUUUUAUCUGAACAGACCGGGCUGGGGUUGUCUGUAUUUCUUUACUUUCGGUUUGUUUGGGCUUGGUUGGAUUAUCGACGGAUGUCGACUCUGCUCCCUGGUUACGGAAUGUAACAAACAGAUAGACGAACAGGUGCUCCUCCACAGCAACAAUCAGGGAAUUUCUAAUCCGAACUUUGUAACCGGAAGUGUUGGAUCGCAACAAUGGCCGCCAGCAGCUGGAGGUCACAUGGUCUCUAAUUAUACACAUACGUCAAUACCGUAUCCACCUGGAUAUACCGUCAGUUAUCCCGCCCAACCAGGGCUUUAUCCAACAGGACCAAUACAGCACAACGAUAAGUUAAGUCAUAAGCAUUUUAUCCAACACAGCACAACAGGAAGUUAAAUCAUCAGCAUUUUAUCCAACACACCACAACGAUAAGUUU